CAUGGCAUUUUGACGGGCUGCAAAGGAGGUUUUGCCCAGGAAAGCUACCAGCAAUGAAGAAAGGAGAUAGCCCAUGCUGUACUACGAUCCUCGCAAUCAUCCUUGUUUUCGGGGGCUGGGAUGAAGCCAGUGGGCAAGCUGUCCGACUCCAUUCAAAUUCUCCUGGACGUCUGAAUCGGUGUCGGUCAUUCCCAAUCUCAUCAGAUUAUUGCUCCUUUGUCCCCAGUGCAAAUCUAAACUCUACCCUUGAAGACAGUGAAAUAUGCAACUUUACACUUCCGCAAUACGCUUGUGGAUUGGUCUCCAACCUGACCUCGAGCCAGCUGUCCACGAUUCUCCGGUGCCACACCACAGAUGCCAAAGCCCAGCUGGAUCAAGAGUCAUUCUUGCGGUUGUUUGGCCUAGUGGACCAAGGCACCUUGCAGUCUGCUCUGUCCGAGAUCACCUCAAAGAUCCCCCAAGAUCUAAUCCCAGAAACAUCUAAAGCCUUCAUGCUGAACGCAGUAUGGGAAAAACUCAAAACAGAUCCUCGGGUCCAGAACGCUGGCUUCCUCUCUGCCUGGCUUCAAGAGUUGUUGUACCCCUACCUGACAGGCAUCAGCACCAAUGUCCUUGACUGCCUGACGCAACUUCCAAUCACUUGUGACGGCUUCGCUGUAGUUAUCCAAGCCCUAGACAGCAGGAGCUUGGAAAUGGACAAUAGCACGAGGCAGACGGUGGUCAGCUGGAUUGGAAGAUUCCUUGCCAAACACGCGUGUCAGAAGAGUACUCCCCAAGAGUGGAUACUGAACAACUGGAGGCGUUUUCUCCGUUUUGUCUCCUAUGGAGAUCUCCUGAAAGCCUGGGGCGCUUCUGACGGGUCUGCCUUUCUCACCGAGGCCGAAGGUGGUGCUUUGGAAUACAUGACGCCCUCCCAAGUUGCUGAAAUGACAGCCACCGCCGGCGUCCUCUCCAACGUCAACCUGACCAGAGUUGUCACUCGAGUCCUCCUUGGCAAGGAUGCCCGUUACCUGGAGGCCUUCUUGGGUCAACUGGUGGCUUUCCCCCUGAACCCAGAGCGCGAAGCCUCACGUCUGAUGCUGGAGACCGUUCUGAGGAAGGUGAACCAGAGCUUCCCUGAUCUCUGCUCACCUUCCUUGAAAGACCUCUUCCAGAUGAAGCUGAAGGCGUUCCUGCCCGACAUGGAUGCAGAGAUGCUGGAGCUUAUUCCAACCCAAAUAGGCUGUGCUGACUUCCAAGACAUCUACGAGGGAAUAAGUCAUGUGGAUUCUGAGUUAGAUUUGGACACCAAGAAGGCCCUCUUCAAAUCCCGCUUGGCUUUUCUGACCCGGCAGCUGGAGAAAGAAGGAACCGCUUGCACGUUUGCCGUAUCCAACAGCAAGGAGUGGCUGCAGAAAAACUUCGGCUCCUCCAGUCCUUUCGCUAACUACGGUGACUUCCGCCGCCUGUAUCCUGCUUUCGAAGGAUACGAAGUGCUGGAUUUGCUGACGGCCACACAGAUGGCAUCGCUUGUGAUCUACUCUGGCAUCCUAACAGACAGCACCAGACUCAGUGCAGAAACGGAGGCAAGGAAAGUAAUGGAAACUCUGCAAGGCCGGGCCAUAUCUGAGCUCCAAACUUUCCUCCUUGAAGUCCGCGUACUUGCUGAACAGGGGAACAUUGUGGAGAAAGUUCGCAGCGUCAUGCUGCAGGGGAUCUGGCAAAUCUUGAAGGCACAUUUUGACUCCAUGGCAGUGACUGAUUUCGAACCCUGGUUCAGUGGGGCCCUGACUCCAUUCCUGCCCUCUGUGACAACCGAGCAGCUCCGGGCUCUUCCUUCUCCAUCCAACUGCACGCAGUUACAAACAGUUGCAAAAGGACUGGAUUAUGCCUUUGGCCCGAUGUCAGCGGAAACACGGAUUGGAGCAGCCCAGUGGAUUGUCCAGGAAUUUAAAAAGCAAGGGUGCCAGACAACAGGAAGCUGGAUGACCCUCAACUUCCUGAGGUUCAAAUCCCUCGUGAACCUCACUGACUUGAUGGAGAUGGAUCAAAACUUCAGCGGGAUGGCCCACCUGCAGGACCUUUCGGCUGUCCAGCUUGCUCAGCUGACCUUAACAGAAGAGGUCUUCGGUUCAGUGGUGAACGUGAAACUUGUCUUCGACAGACUAGCUCAGUUGUCCACCCGGGAAGAUCUGGAAGCAUACUGGGAUGAGUUCAACCGUGUCUAUGCAGAGGCUAACCGAAGAUAUGCAGAGUCUCAGACAGGGAGGCUCAGAAAACGCAGGUCUCUGGCUGAGCUUAAUAUCUCUCUGGAAGUGAAACAGACCUUGCUUUCACGGACUAUCCAGUGGUUACACCGGGACCUUCUGACAUUCACGGAUGCCGAUUAUAAGCUCUGGUUUGAGAAAAGGCUGGCGGCCGUUUUGCCCAGCGUGACAGCUGAUAUUCUUCAGCAGAUACCUGUCAAUCUGUCUUGUGCCGCUUACAAGUCUGUAAUGGCUGGGAUCGAUGUGGGCUUCCCUGAAAUCACCAAGGACAGAAAGAGAGAGAUCCUGAACUACAUAGAAUCUUUUCUCAACCAGAAAUCUGAAAUCACCGGUCCAGCCUGUGCAGCCCAAAUCACAACCAGAGAGUGGCUCCUCCAAUUCUUCAGGAGUUUCUCCACACAAGUGGCCUACACUAAGCUGGUCUCCUACUUCCGCCAACCUUUCGAUGCCUAUUUGGUCCUGGAUCUCUUAACUCCGAGUCAGAUCGGAGACAUGAUAGUCCAUUCGCAGACGCUGACCAGCGUGCCUUUAGCCACGCAGCUGAUAGCCUUCUUCCGGGAAUACCACCUUGACUCCGUCCAAACAAUCCUCCAAGAAUUCACCAGAGCGGCAGUUCAGCAUAAAAUGCUGGUCCUCCCAAACCCUGAAGUUGCCCAGCUGCUGUUGACUAGCUAUCUGUCCCUCGCAUCCUCUCAAAUGGAGACUUACACUGCAGCCGACUGGAACGCCACCUUCCACGGAGAACUGCGCUUCCUCUCUGCUUUCAUCAAUGCAACAACCCUUUCUUACAUCAUCCCCCAGGACUUUGAAUCCAUCACUACCAUCAUUGCUGAACUGAGCAAAGUGCAUGCCCAAAUGACAGAAACCUCAAGGAGAGCGAUUGUGCUCUGGAUUGUACAGAAUUCCAAGGACCUAAAAGCUUCAGGAUACCAAAACAAGUCUGUCGAUGAACGGAUUCAGGCUGUCUGGGGUUCAUUCUUCCUUGAUGCCACCUUAGAAGAAGUGAAAUCCACCAAUGAGGACUUCAGGCCUGCUUCCAACUUGGGCUCCCUGAACAUCGGCCAAUUGGUGGAGUUUGUCACGGCCUCUGAUGCGCUGGUCAAUGUGACAACGAUGAGGACGGUUCUGUCGAGUCUAGAGAACGAACGUUCUGAAAUCCCACUUUCUCAGAUGCAGGACUUCCUGACACACUUCAAUCUGGAGAUCGAGCAGAACAAAGUGGACAUAGGAGAAGGUGUGAGGCUGGAGAUACUGAACACCAUUUUCACUCAUCUGAAAACGCAUUUUAGAACAUUCACUCACCUGGACUACAGUGUCUGGUUCUCAAAGAUGAAGUUCCUCUUGCCCAGCAUCAAUAAAGACGUCCUCCAGUUGAUCCCGCUAGACCUCGGCUUCCCCUCGUACACUGCUAUAAUCACAGGCCUGGACCAAGCCUCCUCGGAGUUCUCCCAAGAGACUUCCCAUGAGGUCUACACAUUCAUGAAGAAGAUUCUAGAAGUCCAAGUCAAUAUCUCAGGAACUGCAUUUCCGGGUGCUUACAAAGACAGCCAAAGUUUCUUGAGUGGGGUCUUUUCCCGUUUUGCACGCUUUGCUGAAUAUACUGACUUCAUCACGUUUUACAAAGACUUUAAUGGGUAUGAUGUUCUUCCACUGCUGACGACAAAACAAAUGAGUGAGAUGAUGGUUGUGACCAAUGCCAUCCAACGCGAACUCUUGGCAGUCCAGAUCUUGGUAGAAUUGGAGAAACGCCCCCUUGAUGAAUUGAAGGUCUUCACAUCAGAGCUCAAUGUUGUGAUGCACCAGAAGGGCUCGAGUUUCCUCCCUGACCUCCAGGUCAGCACCUUAAUCCUGGAGGCAGUUUUCAAGCGGCUGCAAUUUGCCACAUUCUCGGCUGUUCAAUACGACUUAUGGUUCGGCACUCAGCUGAAGUCCUUCCUACCAGCGCUUUCCCUGAGGCUCCUGCACCAGAUCCCCCUUGAUGUUGACUGCCAGUCGCACCAAAAUCUAGUUAACGCCCUGGAUCAAGUCUAUACUAAGUUCACGAUGGACCAGAAGGAAGCCAUCCAUAAGAGGAUAUUGAACUAUCUGGAGUUUUACCAGCAGAAUCAAGGUGCCACGUGCCUCCCAACAAAAAAAAACAAAUGCAGCCAGUGGCUGACAAGUCAGUAACUCAGGGAGGCCAGUUCAGAGCUUUGGCAAGCCUUUCAGAGUUUUCAUCUCUGAAUGUGAACUUUAAGUGGUUUUCAGCUAUGGAAGAACUCUUUCCGAGCCGACUGGUUGGAUGUCGCGAGUUAGUUCAGAAGCUCCAUUGACGCUGGCAACCUCUUCGUUGAGGUCGUGAGUCAACUGGGCACUCCGGGAGACGUUGCCGAAUUCCUGAACAAGCUGAACGUCAUAG